UGAACACCGCAGCAUCGCGAUGCUUCUGGCGCGGCGCCGGCAUCAAGUGCUGCUUCCCAUCGCGCGGCAUUCGACCGUUUUCCAGCGAUGGCAAAGUCGAAAAAGCGAUAGCGGCGCAGUGGAGAUUCAACUUACGCCAGCAGAAGAAAAACUGUUUGAGGUGUUGCAGUUCGUUCGCAAGAAGUACGCUCCGUCCACAACGCUCCGUGUUGCUGGUGGAUGGGUGCGGGACAAAGUGCUCGGGAUCCCGAGCGACGACAUUGACAUUGCGUUGGAUACGGUGACCGGUGAGGCGUUUGUCAAGAAAAUUGUGGCUUUUCAAAAGGCAUGCGGUGUUCCCAUUAAGGGCUUCUACAUCGUGAAGAAGAAUGCAGAGCAGUCGAAGCACCUCGAAUGCGCCGCGAUCAAGCUCCUCGGCCAAGAACUCGACUUUGUGCAUCUUCGCAGCGAGACCUACAAUAACCCCAACUCGCGCAUCCCGACAUUAUCUGGCGCGCUUGCAACGCCCAAGGAAGAUGCGAUGCGGCGAGACAUCACGAUCAAUGCCCUCUUUUACAACCUCAACACAAAAACGGUGGAAGACUUUACUGGACAGGGUCUGUUGGAUCUCGAUCGCCAAAUCAUUCGCACCCCGCUGGCGCCAACGGAAACGUUCUUGGACGACCCCCUCCGUGUCCUCCGUGCCAUUCGCUUUGCCAGCCAUUACAACUUUCAACUGCACUCGUCUAUCGUUCAAGCGAUGCAGACGGAACCAGUUCAGAUGGCGCUUGCGCAAAAAGUCACACGGGAGCGCGUUGGAAUUGAGGUCCGAAAAAUGCUGAGUGGCACAAACCCAGCGCAGGCUCUGCACUGGAUGCGCCAGACCAACCUGCUGCAAAUUGUCCUUCCGACGUUUUUAAGAGUUCCUUUGGACGAUUCGACGGUCGAUGCGACGAUUCGGUUCGUUCAGGCUACCGUGGCCAAGGCUUCCAACGUUAGCUAUCCGACGAAGGACCAGUUCGAUCACCGGGUCAUGCUCGCGUCGGCGCUUGCCCCGACGCGCACGUGGUUUACUCCCGCGGACGUUGUUGGGUCGAACGAUGACACGCAACCUGAGCUUGCAGUCGCCAAUUCGGCAAAGCGUGGCGAGAUGAUGUCGUCGAUGUUACGUUGCCUUCGAGAGGUCGUGUUUCCCAUUUUCCAACGAUCUCCACCGGUGAACGACGACGUUGAACCAUCCCAGCUGUCGCUGUGCCAUGACGCGGCAGUAGUGCAAAGCGCGCUCGCAUUUCUCAGCCACUCCAACAAAUUGGACAAGCAGCAUCAACCAAGACAACGAUGGGAAGCCAUCAAGCGGGACCUCAAGUGGUCCAAUGUGGACGCGAAACAUACGUCGGAUGUGAUCGAAGGCUGUCGGCGAUUCGAAGAGCUCGCGGCGUUCUUGCUUCAGACUCAGUCGCCGGCAGAGCAUGACUGCCAACCACACACAGCGGCAUCCCCCCUAUCGAAUGCUGCGGACGAGCUGCAGAUGGUCGUAGCGUUAUGCUUGUGGUGCCACUUGCAUGGUUCAGGCGUUCUCCAUCAUAUGCUGCCAAUUCUGUGGCAUUUCACGUACGGAUGUGAUGGUCAAGCCAAGGACGGUGCCAAGAGUCAAACUCCCGACGACGGCACUGCCUUGCGGGCGCUGCUUGCUUCGGCAGAAUCAAUUGCUUCCGACAAGACUUGGCAGCGCACGGUCUUGCCUGCCCCAGAGGUUCAAGCCCAAGUCAAAGUCCGAAAGGGGUCCAAGUGGCAGCUAUCAGACGUGCUGCGCGUGGUGGCCGUGUGGGAAUGGCUCCAUCCAUCCGCCUCGAUGGAGCAAGAACGAGACUUUGUGCGGAGUGUGUUAGCGCCCGUCGUGACUGGCUCGGCGAAGGCAGCGUAAAAUUGUGGUGUACAUGUGCUUCAUAGGCAUUUCAUCAUUAAGGCGUUCGGGACGUGUCGAUAUAAACAUGGUCUUUGUCAAGCAG